UCUAAGCACACGGAAAUAGCACCCUCCAAUUCUGAUUAGCCUCUUGUUUAUACCACGCUGUGGUAAGCUAAGGCUGCAUUGGCUCACUUAACCCUUCUGCAGGCACGAAGGGUCUCCUGUCUCCCUUGGAGAAAGGCAAGAACACCUCCCUCCACAGAGGGUUAGCAAGAGACAGAGAAGUAAUCCCGCAAACUACCACCACCACAAUGAAGAUAUCAAACGUUCUUGUUCUCAUCUUAGUCCUGCUUUACAUGGAUGCCAGCACAGAAUGGCCCACGCACACGGUCUGCAAAGAGGACAACUUGGAAAUACAUUACAAAAGCUGUGAUCCCCAGCAAGAUUUUGCUUUCAGCAUUGACCAUUGUGCUGAUGUCACAACCCACACCUUUAACAUCAGAGCUGCGAUGGUCCUAAGACACAACAUCAAGGAACUAUACCUCAAGGUUGACCUGAUCAUAAAUGGGAAGACCGUCUUAACCUACUCAGAGACGCUUUGCGAGCCGGGUCAUUCUAAGCUUGUUUUCUGCGGAAAGAAGAAAGGAGAACACCUCUACUAUGAGGGACCAGUCACACUGGGAAUCAAAGAAAUCCCACAGGGAGAUUACACUAUUGCAGCAAGGUUGACUAAUGAAGACCACGUCACUGUUGCUUGUGCUGAUUUUACCGUGAAAAAUUAUUUAGAAUAUUAUUAGCAACAAAACAGUUUCAUGAAAGCUACAUACUACCAAAGCUAUUCAAGCCAAGUGAGCUGCUUGCAUGCUACAAUGAUUCUGAAGGAAAUAAUCCCCACAUGGUGGUUCUGAUGCUAUUCCUCUUUAUAAUCCACUAUUUUCAAGAAGUCACUAGACCCUCUAGUGGUAAUUUUAUCUCUAAAUGCACACUGUAGCCCACUUUUUACUUCUAAUAUAUACAGCUGCAAGUAGAAAGCAUCUGAUACCAACGUUCUCAUUUUAGGAUGAAAAUAGCAUGAGGCAGAACAGGCGAGAGCCUAAACAUUUCUUUGCAGUAAAUUAUGGAGGUAUCCACUUCUAACACAGCCUAAAGAUGACUUUCAUAUGUAUCAUAUAUUAUGCAGUUACAGCACUCAAAAUUUUCAGUCUUCCCUGGGGCUUAUCUGGAGCCUCCACUAGCAUAGAUUUUGUUAUAACCACAGAACUAAGACCAAAUAGAAUGAACGUGCCUUUUUUUAGUGAUCCAUGCCCUGUCACUGGAUUCAGAUCACUCAGGUCUUCUGGAGUCUACCUGGAAUUUACUGUUCCUUAAUGUCUUUGAAGUGAUAUGUGAAUCGUUCUGUAACUAAGCUAUAGGCUCUUCUUGCUUCUCAAUAAAUUCAUAAUGAAAGGAU